AUCACCGGCGCGAUGCCGAGGGCGCUGCGGGAUGUCGGGGCUGCCAUCACCUUCCUCCAGCUCCUGCUUCUUCUCCCCGGCACGGAGCCGAGGCCACGCACGUGGGAUGAGGACAAGCUCCAGCUGGAAGCCCUCAAAAAGAGCAUCCUGGAGAGGUUGGGGAUGCCCUCACCCCCCGUCAUCCGGCACCAGCUGGACCAGGAGAGCAUCCAGAGAGCUCAGAGGUUCUACCAGGAGAAAGUGGCCGAGCUGAUGAGGAACCAGAGCCGGGAAGAAGAGGGUGAGAUGCCCAGGACCAGGCACCUGCAUCGUCUGACCCCAAAGUUGCUGCGCCGGCCGGACAUCUCUCCAGGACACCAGGACACCAGGGGACACCAGGACCCUAGGGGACACCAGGACCCCCAGGAAGACCAGGACCCCCGUGGUCCCUACCGCUACCAUCUCCUCCUCUCCCGCACUGAAGCUUUCCACCGGCAGCUCCAGGUGGUGCAGGCAGAGCUGAAGCUCUUCAAGCAAUCUCUGGCAUCUCCUGGAAUGUCCCCACUCAACACCUCGGAGCCCCCCCAGGUCAACAUCUACACGCUGGGGGGGGGUGACGAGACCCCCCAGCUCCUGCGGAGCCAAGAGCUGGACCGUGAUGCCCCAAGCCUGGACCUCACAGCAGCCAUCCAGCCCUGGGCUGCUGGUCCUGAGGACACGCUACGCCUGGAGCUGGCCUUCACAGCUGACAUCUCAGCCUGGCUGGCCACCUCGGGGGGUGAGACGCUGGUCCUGGAGGUGGAAACCCAUGAGACCACAAGACGAGGGGCCAGGAGAGCCCGGGGGUUGGAGGAGGAGUGCGGGAAGAGCGAUGGGAAGUGUUGCCUCAAGUCGCUCAAGGUCUCCUUCCAGGACAUCGGGUGGUCGGACUGGGUCAUCGCCCCCAACAGCUACUACAUGAGGUUCUGCGAAGGUUCCUGUCCCCACAACUACAAGCCGGCCAGCAUGCACGCCCAGAUCAAAGCCCGCAUGCACUCCCUCUCCAAAGCCACCCCACCGCCCUGCUGCGUCCCCGCCGGCUACGACCCCAUGGUGCUGAUGCACUACGACGGCGAGGGCAGGCUGGUCUCCACCCUCUUCGAGGACAUGCUGGUCACCAAGUGCCACUGUGCCUGAUGCCAUCUCCUCCAGCUGGGACCGCCUGGAUCCAGUGUGUCCCAGCAGCUCCAGCAUCCCAAAAACCAGAUCCCGUGGCAUGAAAUGCCCCAGGACUGGCCCCAGCUCCAUCAUCCGACUCAACCUUGGGGGUCUCCAGCUGUGACCUCCCCCUCCACAGGCCACAAUAACUUAUUUUCUCCCUCUCUCCCCUUAUUUAAAACCUUUUUUUUUUAUUUGGUAGGUGGUUCCUUCCCACCCAAGAGACCCUAAAUGGGCCAGGGUGGCUCUGUCCCCAGGUGCCUGCAGCCCACUCCAAGCCUGGGCAUCCUCUCUUCUCUGCUUAGAGACUUAUUUAUACAACUUUCUUAUUUAUUGCUAACUUAUUGUAUUUUAUAGCAAAGUAUCUUUUCGGGAAAGGGUUGGUUUUUUGGGUUUUUUUCCAGGGGACGGGUAUUUGUAUUUUAUAUAUUUCU